AUGUUGUUGCAAUCACUAUUUGCAUGGGCGCUGGCUAUUGGGCCAUGCAUCGCCCAAAACAGUACAAAUAGCACAUGGCCAAUACACAACAAUGGUCUGACUACGCAAGUUGAGUGGGACCACUAUAGUCUGAUGGUCGACGGGCAACGUUUCUUUCUAUGGUCUGGGGAGUUUCAUUACUGGCGGAUCCCGGUACCUGAACUUUGGGUUGAUGUCCUUCAAAAAGUUAAGGCUGCUGGUUUUAACACGUUUGCCAUCUAUACGCAUUGGUACUUUCAUAAUCCAAACCCUAACACGCUGGACUUCGAAAAUGCGGCACACAAUUUCACCAAGAUUUUUGAUCUCGCCAAGGAAUUGGGAAUGUUCGUGGUGUUCCGUCCGGGGCCCUAUGUUAAUGCCGAGUCUAACGCCGGAGCGUUCCCGUUAUGGCUGACCACCGGAGCUUAUGGGGCUCUGAGAAAUAAUGAUGAAAGAUACACUGAAGCUUGGACACCUUUCUGGGAAAAGGUUGCCUCCAUUGUCGCACCGUAUCAAUUCACGAAUGGAGGCAAUGUUCUCACGUAUCAAAUUGAGAAUGAGCUGGGCUCACAAUGGCGUGGCACUCCAUCAAACAAAGUACCCAAUUUAUCUUCCGUUGAGUACAUGGAAGCAUUGGAAGCCUCAGCACGAGCACACGGUAUCACGAUACCAUUCCAGGCCAACGAUCCCAAUCUUAAUUCGGAUUCGUGGUCGAAAGACUUCUAUGAUGGUUAUGGAUCCGUGGACAUCUACGGCAUGGAUUCUUAUCCAGCGUGCUGGACCUGUAAUUUGACCGAAUGCGAUUCCACGAAUGGAGCAUACAAAGCCUUCAACGUCAUCGAUUACUAUGACCACUUCGAAGCAAUUUCACCAACCCAGCCGUCAUUUCUCCCGGAGUUUCAAGGCGGUAGUUUCAAUCCUUGGGGUGGUCCCGAAGGAGGAUGUCCAGAAAACUCCCCUGCCGACUUCGCGAAUCUUUUCUAUCGUAACAACGUUGGUCAGAGAGUGACAGCUAUGAGUCUCUACAUGAUUUACGGAGGAACGAAUUGGGGUUGGUUAGCUGCUCCUGUCGUGGCAACCAGUUACGAUUAUUCAAGUCCAAUAUCUGAAAACAGAAUGAUCAAUGACAAGUAUGCGGAGACCAAAUUAUUUGGCCACUUCCUUCGUGUGGCGAAAGAUUUGACAAAGACCGACCGAAUCGGAACCGGCAAAACUGCAUCGACCAAUCCAAAUGUUGUUUAUUCCGAAAUUCGCAACCCAGAUACUAAUGCUGCAUUCUACGUUACGAUCCACAAAGAAUCUACAGUUGGAACCAGAGAAGAAUUUUACAUCAACGCUAACACUUCCAAAGGCGCAUUCAAAAUUCCUCAGAAGGCUGCGUCAAUCGUUUUGAAUGGUUUCCAAUCUAAGAUUAUUGUCACUGAUUUCAAUUUCGGUUCCCACUCCCUUUUGUACUCCACAGCUGAAGUCCUAUCUCAUUCCAUCGUGGAUGAUCAAGAUAUUCUAGCUCUCUGGAUGCCAACUGGUGAAGCUGGUGAGUUUGUUGUCACUGGCGCGAAGUCCGGAAGCGUUUCUAGUUGCGGAGGCUGCUCCUCCGUCGGGUUUUAUCCACAGGGCGAUGACCUUCUCGUGACCAUUUCGCAAUCCAAAGGCAUCAGUGUUUUGACAUUCGAUGAUGGUCUUCGUGUUCUCGUUAUGGACAGGUCAUUCGCAUAUGAAUUUUGGGUUCCAGUUUUAACAGCUGAUCCAUUCAGUCCCGCGAAUGAGACCGUCUUCGUUCAAGGCCCAAGCCUAGUCAGAAGCGCUGCCUAUUCCUCAGAUGGUUCGACUUUAGAUCUCACCGGAGAUAACAAUGGAACUUCAACACAAAUUCAGGUCUUCCCACCGAAGUCUGUCAGCAAAGUCACUUGGAACGGCCAAGUCAUCACUACGGAGAAGACAGAUUACGAUAGCUUGAUCGGUAGCCUUACUGGCCCUGCCCUUGAUUCUUUGACUUUACCGACUAUCUCGGGCUGGAAAGCCAAUGACAGCUUACCGGAACGUUUACCAACUUAUGAUGAUAGCUGGUGGGUUGCUGCUGAUCACAUGAAUACUUCAAACCCAACCAAACCAGAAACGCUUCCUGUGCUCUACAUUGAUGACUACGGAUAUCAUGUUGGUAAUCAUCUCUGGCGCGGAAGAUUCGAGGGUUCAGCAAGCGGAGUAUAUCUCAGUGUCACUGGGGGUCGUGCCUUUGGAUACAGUGCAUGGUUGAAUGGCGAGUUCAUCGGCUCAUAUCUAGGAGCUGCUUACCCAGAUACUGGAAAAUUGACAUUAUCGUUCAGCAACGUAACUGUCAACUCAAACUCCACAAACAUCCUUCUUGUCCUUCAAGACAACUCUGGUCACGACGAAACAAGUGAAGCACUCAAUCCUCGCGGAAUCAACAACGCAACUCUAAUUAGUUCUUCUACCAAGAAUUUCACAUCCUGGAAAGUAACUGGUACAGCCGGUAAGCCAGAUACAGCAAUUGACCCUGUCCGCGGUAUUCUCUCAGAAGGUGGUCUCUACGCAGAACGUCUCGGAUGGCACCUGCCCGAUUUCGACGACAGUGAAUGGUCCUCCGCAUCCCCAAGCAACGUAUCCUCUUCAGCCGGCGUAACAUUCUACCGCACGACCGUUUCCCUAGCCAUUCCUACCGGCCUCGACGUGGCAAUCUCCUUUACUCUUAAGGCAUCUCCUUCCAACGCAGCUCUUCGCGUUCUCCUCUUCGUAAACGGAUACCAAUAUGGAAGAUUCAGUCCUUGGAUUGGAAAUCAAGUUGAAUUCCCAGUACCACCUGGAAUCUUGAAUUAUGAUGGGGAUAACGUUAUUGGAUUGAGUGUUUGGAGACAGGAAGAGGGGGACGAGAGUAUGGGUGUUAAUGUUGGGUGGAAGGUUACCGAGGCUUUUGCAAGUAGUUUUGAGCCGAUCUUCGAUGCGGCUUACUUGCAGCCUGGGUGGACCGACGAGAGAUUACAAUAUGCUUGA